UGCAAUAAUUGACGCGAUCGAAUCGAGCUUAUCAGGAAAAACAGUCGACAGCAUCUGUGUUCUGUGAUGUGAGUGGCAGCUCAGCUUCUGGUUUUGCGAACUCGCCGGAGACCAUGGACGACGCCGGAAACAUUCCAAACUCCGGCAACCCAUCGCACAAGGUCAUCGCCGUCACUGCCGGGGAAGCGCACACUCUCCUUCUUACCGGGGAUGGGAGUGUGUACUCAUGGGGAAGAGGAAUGUUUGGGAGGCUUGGCCAUGGUUCAGAAAAGGAUGAGCUUUUACCAGUUCAGGUCAAGUUUCAGAACCCUAAUGGAGGAGAAGCAGACACACCCAAAAUUGUUGCUAUUGCUUCUGGUGCUUAUCAUAAUCUUGCUCUUGCAGAUGACGGGUCCGUUUGGAGUUGGGGUUACAAUAUUUAUGGUCAACUUGGCACUGACGGAGAGGACACACCUGAUGAAAAUUCUAUUGGUGGAGUUUAUAACCUAGCGCCCCACUUAUUGAAUAAGUUUCCCGAGUCGCACCCACUUGAUUCUUCAACUGGUGUCUCUGAAGUACAAGGAAAAGGAUCAAUUAAGAUACAUGCUGUCAAAGCAGGAGGAAUGAUGUCUAUGGCUAUUGAUAAUCGUGGCACCCUCUGGAUGUGGGGAAACUGCCCACAAGAAAGCAAAGGUGAAUUCUCUCUUGUAAGUAGUUUCAUUCCAAUGCCAAUACUGGCCUUUCAUGGCCUUAAUGUUGCCAAGGUUGCAUGUGGAAAUGAGCAUGUUGUAGCAUUGGUUAGUGCCGGAGAAUCAAACAAUGGUGAAGAUUUGGUCUGCUACUCUUGGGGUUUUAACAACCAUGGCCAGUUAGGAUUGGGGGAUAGGGAGAACAGGGCACAUCCAGAAGUUGUGAAAACAUUUGAUGAGGAGUCCCCUUGGACAAUUUAUGACAUAGCAUGUGGUGCUGCUCACACUGCCUUGCUCACUCGCAAAAAGAAAUCUACCGAGUUGGAAAGCAAGUGCUGGACUUUUGGCCUUGGGGAUAAUGGCCAACUCGGGCAUGGAACAACACAAAGCGCAUUAUUUCCUACACCUGUUCAAGACUUGCCGCAAGAUAUAUCUCUUAUUGGUAUCGAUUGCGGCUUGUUUCAUACAAGUGUGGUUUCCUCAUCAGGGGAUGUGUGGUCAUGGGGAAUGGAGAAGGGUCUUGGCUUAUGCCCUGAUGCUGGUCGUGGUUCAUCAGAUUCUGGUGAUGCCCUCUCACCCUUGCUUAAACCUUGUGCUCCAUACCAACCUAAGUUUCCAGAUCCGGUUCAAGUUGCAUGUGGAGCUGCACAUACUGUUAUUGUUGCGCGGGAUGGAUAUAAGGUGUGGUCUUGGGGUAGAGGGCGAUGUGGAGUUCUUGGAACCGGUAACGAAUUGGACUGUUAUACCCCCACCAAGGUGCGGUGGCCUCCAGCGACCGAAGAUUCAGAGGAAGAGGAAUCAAAGAGCUCCCUCGAGCAGGACAGAGAGAAAGAAAAGGAGGCCGAAGUAAAAACAGAAACAGAUGAGAAAUUAUCCUCGGCACUGAAUGAGCUGAAGCAGCUUCAAUUGAAGCUAUCCACAAUGGAACAAUAUGCUAGCAUACUUCAUGGUUGUGUUUUCGGAAAACCUUUUGCUGAGCAAGAUGUCCCUGCUUCAUUGAAGGAUUCAGGUUCAUUCAACAUUGCAAAAGAAUGGGAGAACAUGUUGGAGACUGCAGAUCAUAGGACGCUAAUGAGGUUGGAAAUGUUCUACCGGGACAUGCUUGCUGGUGUGAAAGAUAAACAAAUGAAGAGAAGGAUCAAGGAAAUUGUAAAGGAGUGCCUCCAAUCACCGGAGCCGAAAAAUUAGUAUGUAUGAGAGGAACAAAUUGUUCAACACACAAAAGGCAAUGAGCUAGGUGAUCAUGUUCCAGUUUUGCAGGGUGGCAUGGCAUGCCUACUUAUCGCUUUAUUUGAUCAUUCUAUUUUGCACCUUGCAUCAAUCCUCGGUGCCUCGUUCUAUAUGUGUAUUGUUUAAGCCUAAAGAUAUGUAAAAUUUGUGUCAAUAACAUGUAUAAGAUAUGUAUUCAUUCCCCUUGUAGCCUGAAUUUGAUCCCAGGACGGCAGGACAUAUGUAAAAUGCCAUUUUAAGUGAGCUUUCAUUUCGAUAAUAAAAAAUAUAUUUCAUCGAA